UUACGGACGGACAGCACAGAAGUUACUCCUGGCUGCUUGGUCGUCCAACCCUGGAACUUCGGAAUUGAACUUACUUACGUUCAUUAUGCCUGCAUUUGGUGCAAGUUUCAGUCUACAUACAAAGAUAAUGACUGUACGUUCUCUUCGGGGAAAGACGAUAGUUGUUCUGAUAAGUGACCCUUGGGAUUCUGUCGUAUUGCCAAACUGUGGGCAGGAUACGAAACUUGCAGAAGCAUUGUCGGAGCUGAAGCUGAGGGGCAUUCCGUAUGUGGGAGCUUUCCUUCGUAAGGAUCUUCCUAAAGCAAGGAAAGAGUUUGGGGGUAGCUUUGAGGCGGAGCCGGAACAGGGAGAAGCGGAGCAGAGUGCACGAGAGAAUGACCAGCAUGACCUCCACGAGAUUGGCACGUUUGCUCAGGUGCACAAUGUUAUCCGCUUGCUGGACGGAGAUGGUGCGCAAGUGUUGCUUAUGGGCCAUCGCCGGCUGAAGAUCACAGGCGUGGUAGAAAAUGAUCCGCUAACCGUUUCCGUGGAGCAUCUGAAGGACAAACCGUAUGAUGCCAACAAUGAUGUGAUCAAAGCCACAGUUAUGGAAGUGGUGUCCACAAUGAAAGACUUGAUGAGGUUGAACCCUCUAUACAAAGAGCACAUACAAAUGUUUGUUCAACAUGUGGGGGAGUUCAACGCUGCUCGACUUGCGGACUUUGGAGCUUCGUUGACGACUGCCGACGAACCGGCAUUGCAGGCAGUACUUGAGACUCUGGAGAUAGAGAAACGUCUUAACAUGACACUGUUACUACUGAAGAAGGAGCUGGAGCUGAGUAAACUGCAGGCUGACAUCGGAAAGCGUGUGGAGGAGAAGAUCACUGGAGAGCAGAGAAAGUUCUUUCUGAUGGAGCAAUUGAAGUCCAUCAAGAAGGAACUCGGAUUAGAGAAAGAUGACAAGACAGCCUUGAUUGGGAAAUUUGAGGAAAAGUUGGCUCCUUUCCGCUCGGGCUGCCCCCCUCAGGUGUUGCAGGUCAUUGAGGAAGAGAUUAUAAAGCUGCAAGGGCUGGAGACGAGCAGUAGUGAAUUCAAUGUGACACGGAAUUACCUCGAUUGGCUUACGUCCAUCCCCUGGGGAUACUUCAGCGAAGAAAACUUUGAUGUGGUGAGGGCGCAGCAGAUUCUUGAUGCGGAUCAUUAUGGCCUAACAGACGUUAAGGAGAGAAUACUCGAGUUCAUUGCAGUGGGAAGGCUCAGAGGAUCUACGCAAGGAAAAAUCAUCUGCUUGUCAGGACCGCCUGGUGUUGGCAAAACAAGCAUCGGGCGUUCGAUUGCACAUGCACUGAAUCGAAAGUUCUAUCGGUUUUCUGUUGGUGGACUGAGUGAUGUUGCGGAGAUUAAGGGGCACAGGCGAACCUAUGUCGGUGCGAUGCCAGGAAAGAUGGUCCAGUGUCUCAAGGCCACUGGAACAGCAAACCCUCUGGUGCUAAUUGAUGAGAUUGAUAAGCUUGGACAUGGCCAUGCGGGAGAUCCAGCCAGUGCAUUGCUUGAACUGCUUGACCCAGAGCAGAAUGCAAACUUCCUUGAUCAUUAUCUUGAUGUGCCAGUCGAUCUUUCAAAGGUGUUAUUUGUGUGUACAGCAAAUGUAGUUGAGGCGAUUCCUGGACCUCUUCUUGAUAGAAUGGAGGUCAUACGCUUGGUUGGUUACAUUUCUGAUGAGAAGAUGAAUAUUGCGCGGCACUACUUGGAACCGACGGCACGAAAGAACGCUGGUGUCAAAAGCGAUCAGGCAGAGUUUGCUGAUGGAGCUUUGCACAUGUUGAUAGAAACAUAUUGUCGUGAAGCGGGGGUCAGGAGUUUGCAGAAGCACAUUGAGAAAAUUUACCGCAAGAUUGCACUGAAGAUUGUCCGAAUGGAGAUGGAACUGAAACAGGAGGAGGAGGCCACAUCAGAGCCUGUACAGGAUAUGGCAGUAGCAGUGGAAGGCUCCACUGCAGAGAUCUCCCCCUCGUCCCCUUCUUCAUCAGUUCCUAUUCAGGACAAAAGUGAAAUAGUGGAUUCUGCAGCCCAUCUGGGCGAUGGCGAAGAGAAAGCUUCAGCAUCAAAUGAAGGAGCAGACGACGAGAGUGGAGAGAAGGACGCCGUGCCUGCAACGGAGAAAAUAGUCAUCGAUGAGAAAAACCUCUCGGAUUACGUUGGCAAUCCUGUCUUCCAGAAUGAGAGACUGUACGACCAAACCCCUGUUGGAGUGGUCAUGGGUCUGGCGUGGACGGCGAUGGGCGGCUCGACACUGUACGUAGAGACGAGUGUGGUGGAGAGAGGCGAAGGAAAGGCUGGCAUUAUGACGACAGGGCAACUGGGGGAUGUUAUGAAGGAGAGCACAACGAUCGCGCACACACUUUCGCGGAGAAUUUUGGCUGAGAAGGAGCCCGAGAAUAACUUCUUUUCCGAGGCUCGGAUGCAUUUGCACGUGCCAGCUGGCGCUACCCCCAAAGAUGGACCUUCGGCCGGUUGCACUAUGAUAACCUCCAUGCUUUCUUUGGCUAUGAACAAGCCUGUGAAGAAGGAUUUGGCUAUGACUGGGGAAGUCACUCUCACAGGUCGCGUGCUUGCAAUUGGAGGUGUGAAGGAAAAGACAAUUGCAGCAAGGCGCAGUGGUGUGAAAACCUUGAUUUUCCCUGAAGCAAAUAAAAGAGAUUUUGACGAACUGCCAGCUCAUGUCAAAGAAGGACUCAGCGUUCACUUUGUACAGCACUAUGACGAGAUAUUCAACCUCGCAUUCGGUUCCGGCGCUGCCGACAUCCAUAAUGCAAAUGACGUGGUUGACGCGAUGUCUGGAGGGGCAAUCAGUGUGAAUGCUCUGCCUGCAGCGAGUUGUCGAGUUGCUUCACUGAAGAAGAGGUCCUGGGAAGGUGGGGUAGAACCGGUAGGUCUGAAAUGGCUUUGCCGGUAACUUCAGCUUCAUGUUUUUUUUUCCCUGCUUGUCGUUAGUGGUUAUAGGAAAGAGUAGACAGAUUGAGGAAGGGUACGUCCUAUGCAGCCAGUUUGGGAAAAUCGUCAGAUGUCAGCUCAGGGAAUGCAGCUGAAGACAGGUCAAUGAGCCUUCGAAUAUCGAUAUCGAUAGAAAGCAUUUGCCGGCGGAAACAAACUCCUUCUUGGCUGCCAACACUUACCCUGAUAUGUCUGCAUUGCCUUUUCUUCACUUCAUUUCCAUUCUUUGGGUGCAUCAUCGUCAGAUCCUGAUCCUCUGCCUCCUGGCUCCCCACUUCUUCUUCUUUCUUCUUCUUCUUCUUCUUCUUCUUCUUCUUCUUCUUCUUCUUCUUCUUCUCUCUGCUCCCCACUUCGUCUUCUUCUUCUUCUAUUUCUUCCUCUUAUUCUUUUCCUCCUACUCCUCCUCUUCCUCCUCCUCCUCUCCUCCCCCGUCAUCGUCAUUGAUGCCACCUUGUCUUCUCUUUCUUUUUCUUCUCCUUCCUGGUCUCCAUAUCUUUUCCUUCUCCGUUUCCUCCCACUCUCUGCUCGCUUGUCCUUUUCCCCACUCCUCCUCCUCCUCCUCCCUCGCCACCGUCAUCGUCAUCAUCUUCUUCUUAUUCAUCGUCGUCGCCGUCUUCUUUUUGCGUCAUCACGUCACCUUUGUCUUCUCUUUCUCCUUCUCCUUCUUCCUGCUCUUCCAUUUCUUCUCCUCUUGUGUUCCCUCCUGCUGUCUUCUCGCUCAUGUCUUUCCCCACGCGUUUGCUCUCCUCUUCCUGUCUCUUCCACUUCUACUCAGCCUCCGCCUCCUGCUGCUGCUGCUCCUCCUCCUUGUCCUCCCCUUGACCGUUCUUCUUCCCACCAGUUCUUCUCGUUGUCCUCCUCUUGAUCGUUCUUCUUCCCACCAGUUCUUUUCGUUGUCCUCCUCUUGCUCCUUUUAGUUGCCCUCUUCUUUGUCUUCCCCGUCCUUUUUCCUCUCCACAGCAUGUCCAUCUCAGAGCUGGGUAAUCCUAUCCCUUAAGCAGCAUUGGCCUUGGGGGGGAGGUUCAUGACGCGCUGCGCGCCGGAUUUGGGUCGAAGUUUUGGUGAGGGGCAGCGGAUGAAAGCGAUCGAGGGCGGGGGAGUGUGCAGAGGGGUGCGCGUACUGAAAUGUUCACAGCGCUCCAUUAAGCGAGAGUAUGCGCCCCGGGGGCAGGGCACACGGCCGGCGGUGAUGCAGACAAACAUCUUGGAGGCGAGCCAUCCGAUAUGCGGGCCCUUUUUCUCCCCCCCCCCCGCCCGGUUGGUCGUCGUUUUGUGUCCUCGUUCUCCUUUUUGUCGUUUUGUGUUGCCCCCCCUUUGAUUUUCCUUCCUUUUUUUUAUUUCUUGCGCGGCUGUCGUUUCGUGCCCCGCGGUAGGCUGUCAUCGUUUCUGCGGACGAACAUCUUCGAGGCGAGCCAUCCGAAAUGCAGUGUGAGGUCACCCACUGCAUUUGUCUUUUCUGCGCCCGCACCGCCCGCACCGCCCGCACUGCGGGCACUUCGCUAGUCGUGUUUGUUGUUAGUCUUUUAGCUUGGCUUGGAGAUUCUCUUCUGAUGGUUUUAUCCUGCUCAAUUUUGUUGUCUUGGCUGUGUAGCACUGGUCUACAACCUGUUAGUUGUUGUAAAACCCGGUGCAUCUUGGCAAUACUCAAAAGUUGCGGAGCAUUCGUGAUUUGUGACUGUAGCUGAAGGUGCGUGUUCCCUCUGCCCUCUGCAUUUCUGACCCUUCAAUCCCUCCGUGCAUGCGAAUCCCCCUAAGUUACUGGCAUCCCAUCCAGUUGGACAGGGUGCCUGAGAUGCGAUGCCUCGGCAGAGUGGGCAAGUUCUUGAGCGGGCAAGUUUUUGCUGUCGUCACAUGUCGUUAUUACAGUUUCUUUUUGAUUGGCGUUUGAUUGUGACUUGUAA